CAAUCGCAUAAGACAUCGACGUACAGUUCCACAUUUAAAAAGUACGCUUAUGGAAUAAAUGAAAUCGGAGCGAUUCACUUGUGAGACAAAGACGUGGAAUGUCCAUUUCGCGAAAGUUUAAUAGUCUCUAUUUCACUGCACGUCUAACUAAAAACAAGUCGCUAAUAUUAUUGGCUAAUGUUUACAAAAACAAAACAAUUUAUUUACCCUACGCUUUCCAGAACAUUAAAGUUGUAUCUAGCCAAUAAAAAUAAUUGAAAUCAUCGGUCGAAAAAAAAAUGCCAUUUGAGAAAGUCUUGAGUUACCAUCAAAUUAUGGUCCAUCUGACAUUAAAAUCCCUGCAACAAUUCGAUACAGUGCGUAUAUCAAGAGUUCGAACAGCCAAUAAUCACGAACGGAACGGCGUGACGUCAAAGUCCCGGUAGAAAAGGCGCGUUGGGUUUGCUCACGUUUGGAGAGGGAAGAGCGCAGGGAACCUCACUGUCUUCACUGGAUUAUACAAACCAAAAGUGUCCUCAACUCCUCCUCCUUCUCAAUCGCUUACAUGCUGAUCCUACUGCAUGCGGGACGAACAACAACAGGCUCUUAACACAGCAAAUGCUCUAUAUGUCAGGACAACCAUCUCAUUUGUUAGAACAAACCUUUGAGGUGAUUUUUUUUACCCGUAUCUAAUCUGAAGCCUACUGAAGUUGGACAUUGUUGGUGUGUGUGAUGACACAACUGUCGUGGAGGAGGUGAAGAGACGAGGAUGAAGAUAUAGGCUAACCACUUGCACAAUCUGAAUCGUCACUGUAGUCGUUGCUCCCAGGCAUUUCGGGAUUAUAUAUUUUUAUUCUUCGGCGAUGCAAUAACGGAUUGUUUUUGUGUAAUGACCAGCAGCAGCCAUGCUCCAAGACUGAUUUCUGAAAAGACAAGAAAGAAAAACUGAGAUCUUACACUGGCAAAUGCAUGUCCAAAAUGUGGUAACUGAAAGUUACUCAUGAAGAAAUAGGAGGGUCCAGUGUCACACAUGUAGAGGGGCUUCAGUAGCUGGUAUGUCCUCAAAGCUCCGGAAUGCUCUCAUAGGCUAAACCAAUCCGUCUGUACUGGGUGCAUGCUUUGCGAUCUCAUAUUCUGGUGCAUUUAAAAGAAUCUAUCAGAAUACGGAGUUGACAUUUCUGAUAAACGAAUACCGUUUAGACCGAGCAGAUUCUCCAAACGGGAAUUAUUUCACGUGAGAGAGAGAGACAGGUCAUAUGAACUGCACAGGGCUAGAAGUGCGUCUCACGGAAAUCUUGGGUUGCAGAUCUGACGGAAACACGUGCUAUUCGGUCUCAUCUGCGGCAACGAUGCUUUUCCACGGUCUGCCUGGAGGCGAGAUGCAUGGUGUUAUGGAAGAAAUGGAGCGGAGAGGAAAGAGCGAUUCGGCGACUAUCAGCUCGGCCAUAGAUAUGGGGGAAACAGAGACGAACAUGCCUUCCAUCAGCGGGGACCGGGUGGCUCUGUGUGCGGGCUGCGGAGGCAAGAUCUCGGAUCGCUAUUACCUGCUCGCCGUGGACAAGCAGUGGCACAUGCGCUGUCUGAAGUGCUGUGAGUGUAAACUCAACCUGGAGUCUGAGCUCACCUGCUUCAGCAAAGACGGAAGCAUCUACUGCAAAGAAGACUAUUACAGGUUUUCGGUGCAGAGAUGUGCCCGGUGCCACCUCGGGAUCUCGGCCUCGGAAAUGGUCAUGAGGGCCAGGGAUUUGGUGUACCACUUGAACUGUUUCACCUGCACGACUUGCAACAAAAUGCUGACGACUGGGGACCACUUCGGCAUGAAAGACAGUCUGGUGUACUGCAGGCUACACUUUGAAUCGCUCAUCCAGGGAGACUUCCCCACACAUUUCAAUCACACGGAUGUAGCGCCUAAUAAAGGACUGGGCAGCACGGGCCCUCUAGGACUGUCUUAUUAUAACGGCGUGAACACGGUGCAGAAGGGCCGGCCCCGAAAGAGAAAGAGCCCUGGGCCCGGAGCGGACUUGGCUGCUUAUAAUGCAGCUUUGAGCUGCAAUGAGAAUGACGGAGAUCCGAUGGACAGAGACUCGCAGUACAGCACCAGCCAGAAGACGAAGCGCAUGAGAACGUCAUUUAAACACCAUCAGCUGAGGACCAUGAAGUCGUAUUUUGCCAUCAACCACAAUCCUGACGCCAAGGAUCUGAAACAGCUGGCCCAGAAAACUGGUCUCACCAAGCGCGUCCUACAGGUCUGGUUCCAGAACGCUCGGGCCAAGUUCAGACGAAACCUCCUGCGUCAGGAGAACACAGGUGUGGACAAGGCCUCGGACGGGUCGACCAUGCCUGGAGGAACACCGUCCGGACCCGCCUCUGAGAUUUCCAACGCCUCCAUGAGCCCGUCCAGCACCCCUACCACCCUCACAGACCUGACGAACCCCACAAUGCCCACCGUCACCUCCGUACUGACCUCCGUGCCAGGCAGCCUGGACGUUCACGAAUGCCGGAGUCCAUCGCAGAGCACCUUAACUAGCCUCUUCUGAUGCUCAGAUACGACAGACAUUUGCACAACACUAUCACAGUGACACGUCACCUUCUUCUGCUUCCUCAUGGGUGUGGCUUCAUUACCGGGUCUCAACAGCCAUCUAAAUCAGAAAUCGUGUUUGCAAAGCAUAGUUCCGUUCUGACACAACUAGUCGUUCACACACUACAUCUGUCCGAUACAUAAACCGAUCUACCUGGGCAUCUUUUGUACCUUUGCAGAUGUGGCCAAUUCAGACUUUAUGAAGACUAUGAAUGGAGAAAAACAAGACUUAAGCGGAAAAGAGAAACUCUUUGUUUGGCCACGAGUCUCUUAAGAGUGUUGCAUCAAGUUUCACUAAAGGAUCUGUUGAUAAGUCUUUGAAACGACUGAUUUGCAUUUUUAUUUUUCCAUGUGUUGUCCCCAACCGUGUUUACAGAGAAAGACUGAGCUGCAGAAAUGGGAAAUUCAUUCGUUUGUCAACCUCUUAUUUAUGUUCAUGCACAGGGGUCAGUGUGAGGAAACUGGAUUAUAAUGUGAAUAAUUACGAGAUGAGAACAGCGAAACUUAGCCUGACUGUCACGUGCCUUAUCCUGCAGUGUAGUCACUGAAGCCCCUUUAGCAAUGCUAAACCAACUACAUGGGAAAAUGUGUAUUUUAAUUUGUCGGAUGAUGAAAAUGGUUGAGUAAAUCACAUGCACAAACACACAUGCAUACAGAGGAAGAUCUGAUCAUAUACUCUCAUUCCAACAUAUUACCUCACUCAGAAAUCACUGGAUCUGAUAGCAGUACGUAUGAAACCUGAGAACACGUUUCAAUCUCACGAGAUGACAAAAUGCACUGGGAGGGAAAAUGGCCGUGGAGAGUUUGUAAGAAGAAAAACCUUGAUCGUCAGAGCUCAUCACAAACAAACACUGAUUUAUGGAAUGAAACACUUUUUUUCCUUGUUCGGUUAGGUGAUUUUUUUUUUUCUCUCAACCAUUAAGAUGUGACAGUGUUGGAGACAGGGUAAAUGUUUCCAUGGUAACCAGAGGCUGCUUGUUGAAAUGCUGUACAGUUUUGACAGAUUAUUGAGAAAUUUCGAGUCCACUCCCUGCAGUAUCCCCUUUGAUGUAAAUCUUCAGUUCUGUAAAAAAUAUAAAAAAAAAAAAAUGAAUCACUAUUUUUUUGUGGUCCUCAUUAUUUCACCAAUUUCAAAGCAUUUUACAGAACUAUGGAAAGACAGCAAUGAACAUGGUGUUAACACUAAUGUCAAAAAUACAGUGAAACUGGACAUUAAUAGAUUAAGAUGAAGCCAGUUUGAUCGGUGUUGUCAUGGUAAUUUUUAACUGAGAAUCUUAAAACCAAAUGCACUUUGGUGUGAUCUGAUAAAACACACAGUGUGCCACAUGCCUGCAUUUCAAUAAACAGAAGUAAAUUAAUUCAUAUUGAGUGAAUUAAACAACCAAAAAUCAAUCACACAUUUAGAGAUUUUAACUCAUUUCUGUUUUGCAAAAGCAUGCUAAGCUCACUGUUUUUCAAAUUGUAUUUAACAGCAUUUCAGAAAUGACUAACAAAACCAACCAAAAACACACUUCUUUCUAAGCAAAGGUUUUGGCAGCUUUAUGAUCAGAGUUCCUCUGGGUCCUGAGCAGUAUUUGGCUUUAUCACAUGAAUAAACAGAUCAUAUGAAAAUAGCUUUGAUUAAACAUUGUAGAAGUGAAAUUUAAACAGAAAACCAAGGAACACAAUUGCUUUAUAGUAAUAUUAGCCAUAAAAUAACACUUUAAACUAAUUUUUAAUGUACACUCUAAAAAAUGAUGCCCAGUGGUUGGGUUAAAUGUUUGGUUGGUUUUAUUUAAGUCAACUAUUGUCAACUAAAAAAUUCUGUAUUGCUUGCUUAAAAUGAACCCAAAAUAUUUAUGGGUUAAAUAAAACUACCCAGCAGGUUGGACAAACAUUUAACCCAACCGAUGGGUUAAAACAACCCAAUCACAGGGUUUGUCCUUUUUCAAUCCAACUUGGGUUGUUUUUAACCCAGCAUUUUUAGAGUGUAUUAAACGACAAGAAAAUGUAAUGCA